AUGUACUCUGAGUGGCGCACGCUGCAGCUGGUGGUUCAGAGUGACCAGGGCCACCUCAGUGUCCUGCACACGUACCCUGGAGGUGUGGGGCUGGAGGUGGCGAAUGCAGUGGCCAAACCCCUGGGGACAGCCAUCAUCCCUGUGGCCACAGAGAACAUCCUCAAGACGGACAAAGAGGUGAGGGUGGGACAGAGAGCAUUGUCAUUGAUGUGGGAUGGAGUUAGUGGGGCCUGUCUGUAUGAGGCUAGCCUGUGUGCCAGUCUAUCUGCCUCAGCAGACUUCCCACUGGGCAAAAACUGGUUGAAUCAACAUUGUUUCAACCCAAAAUGUGAUGACGUUGAAUCAACGUGGGAAACUAAUUGGAUUUGCAAAAAGUCAUCAACAUAAGGGCAUGUCGAAAUUUUUUCACCCAACUUUUAACCUAAAUCCAAUGACAUGGUGAAAUGUUUUGUUAAUUUCACGUUAGUUGUCAACUCAACCAAAUGUAAAUCAAAACUAGACGUUGAACUGACGUCUGUGCCCAGUGAGUUGUUGCCUUGCUAUUGUAGCUUUGUUGAAUGCAGAAACAGUUUUUUGCCCCAAUUGUCACAUUAGCAGUGUCAAGUGGUUCAGACAGACGAGUUAUGAGUAGAUGCCUAGUGCCCAUUUCACACUACAGAGCUGAGCCAAGGUGUACUGGCUUAGGUUACACUAGCAACCGUAAUCGAAAUGGUUAAAAUCUUUUUUAAACAAUUCUAAUAAAUGAAACAGUUGGUCAAUGAAUGAAGAUACUCCAAACUUUUAGAAUGUUUAUAAUCCAUCAGAUUGACUGAAUUAAAGCACAUAAAAUAUUUUACUGGCAUGGACAAAAAAUGAAUGGAGUUAAGGGAUUUUGGUGGGAAUUCAGGGAUUCCCUGUUUCAACUGUAAUGGGCAGGCGUAAGCUACAGACAACGAACACAAUUGCAUUUUAUCGAUGGCAAUUUGAAUGCACAGAGAUACCGUGACAAGAUCCUGAGGCACAUUGUCGUGCCAUUCAUCUGCCACCAUCAUCUCAUGUUUCAGCAUAAUGCACGGCCCCAUGUUGCAAGGAUCUUUACACUGUUCCAGGAAGCUGAAAAUGUCACAAUUCUUCCAUGGCCUGCAUACUCACCAGACAUGUCACCCAUUGAGCAUGUUUGGGAUGCUCUGGAAAGACAUGUACGACAGCGUGUUCCAGUUCCUGCCAAUAUCGAGCAACUUCGCACAGCCAUUGAAGAGGAGUGGGACAACAAUCCACAGGCCCCAAUCAACAGCCGGAUCAACUCUAUGCAAAGGAGAUGUGUCGCGCUGCAUGAGGCAAAUGGUGGUCACACCAGAUACUGACUGGUUUUCUGAUCCUAGCCCUACUUUUUCUUUAAGGUACAAUGCAUUCAGAAAGUAUUCAGACCCCUUGACCUUUUCCACUUUGUUACGUUACAGCCUUAUUCUAAAAUUGAUUAAUUUGUAUUUUUACCUCAAUCUACACACAAUACCCGAUAAUGACGAAGCAAAAACAGGUUUUUUAUAAAUGUUUGCACAAUUAUUACAAAUAAACUGAAAUCUUACAUUUACAUAAUUAUUCAGACCCUUUACUCAGUACUUUGUUGAAGCACCUUUGGCAGCGAUUACAGCCUCGAGUCUUCUUGGGUAUGACGCUACAAGCUUGGCACACCUGUAGUUGGGGAGUUUCUCCUAUUCUUCUCUGUAGAUCCUCUCAAGCUCUGUCAGGUUGGAUGGGGAGCGUCGCUGCACAGCUAUUUUCAGGUCUCUCCAGAGAUGUUCGAUCGGGUUCGAGUCCGGGCUCUGGUUGGGCCACUCAAGGACAUUCAGAGACUUGUCCCGAAGCCAAGUCCUGUGUUGUCUUGGCUGUGUGCUUAGUGUUGUUGUCCUGUUGGAAGGUGAACCUUCGCCCCAGUCUGAGGUCCUGAGCGCUCUGGAGCAGCUUUUCAUCAAGGAUCUCUGUACUUUGCUGCGUUCAUCUUUCCCUCGAUCCUGACUAGUCUCCCAGUCCCUGCCGCUGAAAAACAUCCCCACAGCAUGAUGCUGCCAUGCUUCACCGUAGGGAUGGUGCCAGAUUUCCUCCAGAUGUGACGCCUGGCAUUCAGGCCAAACAGUUCAAUCUUGAUUUCAUCAGACUAAAGAAUCUUGUUUCUCAUGGUCUGGGAGUCCUUUAGGUGCCUUUUGGCAAACUCCAAGUGGGCUGUCAUGUGCCUUUUACUGAGGAGUGGCUGAUUGGUGGAGUGCUACAGAGAUGGUUGUCCUUCUGGAAGGUUCUCCCAUCUCCACAGAGGAACUCUGGAGCUCUGUCAAACUUCUUCCAUUUAAGAAUGAUGGAGGCCACUGUGUUCUUGGGGACCUUCAAUGCUGCAGAAAUGUUUUGGUACCCUUCCCCAGAUCUGUGCCUCGACACAAUCCUGUUUUGGAGCUCUACGGACAAUUCCUUCGACGUCAUUGCUUGGUUUUUGCUCUGACAUGCACUGUCAACUGUGGGACCUUAUAUAUCAAUUGAAUACAAUCAAUUGAAUUUACCACAGGUGGACUUCAAUCAAGUUGUAGAAACAUCUCAAGGAUGAUCAAUAGAAACAGGAUGCACCUGAGCUCAAUUUCGAGUCUCAGCAAAGUGUCUGAAUACUUAUGUAAUGUUUAAUACAUUUGCAAAAAAUUCGAAAAACCUGUUUUGCUUUGUCAUUAUGGUGUAUUGUGUGUAGAUUGAGAAAAAAUACAUAUUUAAUCAAUUUUAGAAUAAGGCUGUAACGUAACAAAAUCUGGAUCAAGGGAAUUGGUCUGAGUACUUUCCGAAUGCACUGUAUCUGUGACCAAAAGAUGCAAAUCUAUAUUCCCAGUCAUGUGAAAUCCAUAGAUUAGGUCCUAAUAAAUUUAUUUCAAUUGACUGAUUUCCUUAUAUGAACUGUAACUCAGUAAAAUCUUUGAAAUUGUUGCAUGUUGCGUUUAUCUUUGUUCAGUGUAGGUACAACGGAAAGACAAUGUAUUCCGUUGAGCCCAUUUCAGCCAUUACCGGGGUGUUUUUGACAGGUCAUUACAAAUGUUUCCGCGGUCGUAAUGUUAAAGGGGGGAAAAUGACAGGCAUAAGCGCGAAAGAGUCGCAAGAGUCAAAUUAAAGCAAUCAAUCCAGAGAGAUUUAAGUGACAAGUGGAUUUUGUACCCCUCAAACACAGGAAAUAUAUUGCUGAAGAAGACAGAUCCUCAGGUAGGCGGGGCAUUCACGUUGCUAGUUACACAUCCACCACAGUUGCUGGAACUGUUCUGGAGAGGACCCUGUGAGAAGAAAAUAUCUGAGCCAGCACAGUACGGUUCGGCUCAGCACAACCGCGUGAAAAGGGUUGGGCGUCUCAAGCUCUGCACACUCUUGGAUUGCAUCCUACAGGCCGCGCCUACCAGGUGACGUGGAGAGGAUCUGUGUCUGUACCACAUACUCUCACUACUGGUGUCCCCCAGGGCUCGGUUCUAGGCCCUCUCCUCUUCUCUCUAUACACAAAGUCCCUCGGCUCCGUCAUAUCCUCACAUGGUCUCUCCUAUCAUUGCUAUGCGGAUGACACUCAACUACUUUUUUCCUUCCCACCUUCUGACACCCAGGUGGCAACACGCAUCUCUGCGUGCCUGGCAGAUAUCUCAACUUGGAUGUCCACCCAUCACCUCAACAUCGACAAGGCAGAGCUGCUCUUCCUCCCGGGAAAGGCCUUCCUGCGCAAAGACCUCUCCAUCACAGUUGACAACUCCAGUGUCACCCUCCCAGAGUGCAAAGAACCUUUGGCGUCACCCUGGACAACACCCUGUCAUUCUCUGCAAAUAUCAAAGCAGUGACUCGCUCCUGCAGGUUCAUGCUCUACAACAUCCGUAGAAUACGACCCUACCUCACACAGGAAGCGGCGCAGGUCCUUAUCCAGGCACUUUUCAUCUCCCGUCUGGACUUCUGCAACGCACUGUUGGCCUGGCUCCCCGCUUGUGCCAUCAAACCCCUGCAACUUAUCCAGAAUGCUGCAGCCCGCCUGGUUUUCAACCUUCCCAAGUUCUCCCAUGACACCCCGCUCCUUCGCACACUCCACUGGCACCCGCUCAGCCCAGUCCAAGCUCUUCUCUGUCCUGGCACUCCAAUGAUGGAACCAGCUUCCCCCUUAAACUAGGACAGCAGAGUUAUUGCCCAAGCACCUGAAACCUACCUCUUCAAAGAGUAUAUUAAAUAAUACCCAUCCUAACCUCUCCUGAACCAACACUUGCACUUGGACCCCCCCCUUCUAGCUCUGACUUUGCUGAUAGCUACUUUAUUGAGGAAAAGUGUUCUUACUUUGCCUGUGAUAUGUGGUUGUCCCACCUAGCUAUCUUAAGAUGAAUGCACUAACUGUAAGUCGCUCUGGAUAAGAGCGUCUUCUGAAUGACUCAAAUCUAAAUGUAAAAAUGGGUAGUCUAUAAUGCCUGAUUCACACUAUCUGAACCGUACUCUGCUGGCUUGCAUAUUUUCUUUACAUAUUGUCUAUUCCAGCACAGUUCCAGCAACUAUGGUGGAUACGUAACCAAGCCAGGCCAGUACAGGUCGGCUUGGUUUGGCUCGGUUUGGCCCUAAAGUGUGAAUCAGGCAUAACUGUCUCUCUGAUCUGUGGUUCCAGGUGAAGUGGACCAUGGAGGUGCUGUGCUACGGCCUUACUCUUCCACUGGAAGGGGACACGGUGAAGCUGUGUGUGGACGUGUACACGGACUGGAUGAUGGCCCUAGUGACGCCACGGGACUCCAUCCCACAGCCGGUGGUGAAGGAGCCCAACCUGUAUAUCCAGACCAUCCUCAAACACCUCUACAACGUCUUCCUACCCAGGUACAGCCACAGUUGAGCUGAGCGUGCACACACAAGCACACAGACUCUGUCUCAGGCUAUGCACACAAUCUCUUUCUCUCACUUUCUCUAUCUCUCUUACUCUCUCUCAGGCCAGAGCGUCUGAGCCACAUCCGGCUGUGCCAGCAGGUGUUGACGGCGGUGCAGAAGCUGGCCAGGGAGUCCGUCUCCAUGGUGAGGGAGACCUGGGAGGUGCUGCUGCUCUUCCUGCUCCGCCUCAACGACACCCUGCUGGCCCCGCCCACCAUCGGAGGUCAGCCCCGCCCCCUCACCACCCACCAUCACUUCCUGGGUUUCCCAGGGUGGUAUUCACAAGACUUGGACAAGUUUAGUCUAUCCCCGUUUCAGCAUGUUUGCUUCUAUUUCAUGUCUAGUGAGUACGACCCAGUUUUUCAGUUGCAGUUGUACACACAGGUAUGGUUCCUGAGUUAGUUAAGCAAUUAACAUCCCAUGCUUAGGGUCAUGUAUAAAAAUGCUGUGUAGGCCAUUAUUUUGGCUACCAUGGCUAUUUCCCCAUUGGAUGAUAAUGCUUCCAUCCACAGGGCAUGAGUGGUCACUGAAUGGUUUGAUGAGCAUAAAAGCGUAAACCAUAUGCCAUGGCUGUCCCAGUCACCAGAUCUCAACCCCAAUUGAACACUUAUGGGAGAUUCUGGAGUGGCGCCUGAGAGUUUUCCACCACCAACAAAACACCAAAUUAUGGAAUUUCUUGUCGAAGAGUGGUGUCGCGUCCCUCCAAUAGAGUUCCAGACUCUUGUAGAAUCAAUGCCAAGGUGCAUUGAAGCUGAUAUGGCUCGUGGUGGCCCAACGCCCUAUUAAGAAACGUUAUGUUGGUGUUUAUCCUGUAUAUCCUGUUGACCCUUGACCUUCUGCCCCUCUGUCGUCCCUGUCCCCAUGCCCAGUGGGCGUGGCAGAGAAGCUUGCUGAGAAGCUGAUGGCGGUGCUGUUUGAGGUGUGGCUCCUGGCGUGCGCCCACUGCUUCCCCACACCUCCCUACUGGAAGACGGUCAGGGAGAUGCUGGCCAACUGGAGGCACCACCCGCCCGUGGUGGAGCAGUGGAGCAGGGUAGCCAGCGCCCUCACCUCCAGGUGACUAUGGGGGCCUGGUUGCGCUAUCAUUACAAAGAAAGCGAGCACUAGCAGGUGACCUGAUGAUCACCCACUUUGGUUUGGGGAUGCAUAUGCUAUGGCACAGGGGGUUCUGUUGUUUCCCACUGCCUGAGGAAGAGCUUAGGGUCGAAAUGUGUUGUGUGGUAUUUAUUUAGACACUCAUAAAAUAACAAUCUAGAGUACAAAUCUGUUACAUUUGUUUGUAGAAAAACCUUUUUAUUUGGUGAGCACUACAGUAUAAGCCUACUUUAUUCCAUUUCAUUUUACGGUCGCCCUCUUUUCUCUUGCAAGUCGGAAGUGGUAUUAUUUUUAGCAGCUUUUUCCCCUUCCACUCUCCUGGCGUACGGUGUGGGUGUUCUGGUGUCCACUUGCUAGCUGUUCUAAAAGCUACCUUCUACCUAGACAGCUUGUCACCUGAUUUGCAUAUCCAGUGAGUCAAUUUGACUAUUGGACUACUGGGUGGCAUUGUACCUUACCUGUAAUGUAGCUAACCUCUGAACAUUCUCCUGAUGGUGUAGUGUAGAGUUGGUUCAAAAGUACUAUGCAGAGAUACUGCUGUUUCUUUUUGCAGGCAUGAUCCUUUACAAAUACAAUGACAGAGAGGAGGAAAUGGGCAUACUAACGUGUGUGUGUGUUGUUUGUCCACCCAGGUUGUUGCGGUUCACCCACGGCCCCUCGUUGCCCCCGUUUAAAGUCCCUGACGAGGACGCCAACCUGAUUCCAGUAGAGAUGGAUAACGACUGUGUGGCCCAAACCUGGUUCCGCUUCCUCCACAUUCUAAGGUAAAGAAGAAUUAUGCUGUUGUGCAUAGCUGUGUGAAGUAGGGGUGCUGAGGGUGCUGCAGCAUCCCCUUUAUAAAUGAGAAUAAAAUGUUUUUAACAAAUGUUUUAUCACAAGUAGUUCACUGGGCCUUUAUUACUCCUGUAUGAGCGGACCAAAAUAGCCGUCAGCAGCGCGGGGCGAAAUAAAUAUCUCCGCCCCCCCCACACCUCCCACACCCCUGUCGACAAAAAAAGUCUUAGCAAGCCCCCCUGUAAACAUCUUCCCGCAGCUAUGCUGUUCAGUCUCUAUAUGGCCUUUCCUCAUCUUCUUUCUUGACCACAAUACUGGGUCAUAUUAAUUUAGCACCAAAUGGAAGAAAACUGAAUGUAAAAAAGGGAACUGGACCAGUAAGAAACCAUUUUUAAUUUAUGUUGCUAUUUUUUAAAUGUUUAUAACGUUGACAGUUUCAUGUCCUAAUGAAUACAACCCUGAUUUAGCAGUUGCUAAUAUCAUUCAGCGUGUUAUUCUCCCAGCACUUUGGCAACUCCACCCACUACAGGUAUGUGUCAGUCAGUGAGGCUCUUAAUGUGUGUCAAUCUCUCCUCACCUCUGUGUUCCCCCCCUGUGGUUUCUGUACUAACCCAGUGGACCUGAGCAACCCAACGUUGGUGAGCACCACACCCAAGUUCCAGGAGCAGUUCCUCAACUCGAGCGGCAUCCCCCACGAGGUGGUGCUGCACCCCUGCCUCAAGCAGCUGCCCCAGAUCUUCUUCAGGGCCAUGCGGGGGGUCAGCUGCCUGGUGGAUGCCUUCCUGGGUGAGAAGAAGUGCUCAGUCUCUCAGGGUCAAGUGGUGGUGCAACACACGGUGCACUUCAAUAGUCUGAAUCAGGGUUGGGGUCAAUUCCAUUUCAAUUAUGUCAAUUCAGGAACAACUGAAUUUUUUUUUUUUCUCAUUGUAAGGUAACAAGUAACAUUUUUGAAUUGGAAUUCAAUGGAAAUGGAAUUGAUCCAACCCUGGUCUGAAUUUGUUUUCAUACAGUAUUUGUCAGCAGUUUUAACUGAUAAGUGUUAAUUUGUGCCUUGUUAUUCAUCAAAAUAGAAAAUAGGCUAUUUCAGGAGUUCAAAUGGGUAUUUAGUAGCAUGAUGUUAUCUCAUGGAAUAUAUUAAAAGUAGACUCAGCAAAAUGACGUUGCAGUGAGCAGCAACGCAGAUAUUGAGAUGAGCCUUGAUGGAAGACUUUGCUCUCACACAGUCCCACAGAAAAUCUGCGCAUGUGCACAGUGCUUUUCACGCUGCUACAACGUGGUAGCUACAGGACCAAAACGGGAGAAGUUUAGCCUUGCUCUUAGUUGUAGCGGAAAAUGACCCGAUAUCGUGUUUACUUUGUGCAUGCAACAUCAUCUCACGGAGUCUACCCUUUAAAAGCCCAGUGCAGUCAAAAAUUUGAUUUUUCCUGUGUUUUAUAGACACUGAGUGUACAAAACAUUAAGAACACCUGGUCUUUCCAUGACAUAUACUGACCAGGUGAAUCCAGGUGAAAGCUGUGAUCACUUGUUAAAUCGACUUCAAUCAGUGUAGAUGAAGGGGAGGAGACAGCUGAAAGAAUAACUUUUAAGCCUUGAGACAUGGAUUGUGUAUGUGUGCCAUUCAGAGUGUGAAUGGGUAAGACAAAAGAUUUAAGUGCCUUUGAACGGGGUAUGGUAGUAGAUGCCAGGUGCACCGGUUUGUGUCAAGAACUGCAACAUUGCAGUUUUUCACGCUCAACAGUUUCCUGUGUGUGUCAAUAAUGGUCCACCACCCAAAGGACAUCCAGCCAACUGUGGAACGCUUUCGACACCUUGUAGAGUCAUGCCCCAAGGAAUUGAGGCUGUUCUGAGGGCAAAAAGGGGAGGGUUGCGCAACUCAAUACUGUGAAAUGGUGAAAAUGAUAUUGCCCUUUUAGUGUAAGAGCUGUUUGAAAAGACUGCCUUAAAUUUCAGCCUGUUUUGGUGGGAUGGAGUUUAGGCCUUACAUGGUGACAUCACCAGGUGGUAAAUGUGUUAAUAGACCAAUAAGAAAGAGGGUUCCAAACCUCUCUGCCAAUAACAGCGGAUUUUCAGUUUUCCACUCAGACCACUCCCAGACAGUCCUAGCAAAAUUCUUGCUUGAGAAAUUGCUCUUUGCUAAGAAGCUAUUUUUGUUUCUUUUUGACCAUUUUAAUUGAGAACAGUCAUUUACAUUUACUUAAUUUAGCAGAUCUUCCAUACCCAACUCUACCAUGAGACAUGCAUGUCUUCAUCACUGAAAAAGAUAAACGGUUGCGUUUGAUAUAAUUUGAGAGUUUACAAACAGUGUUGUGAAACUAUUUAAUAAUGUAUAGAUUAUUUAAAUAAAAAAAGAUUGUCAUUUUUUUACAUUAAAUGUCAAUUAUCAAAAAAUGCGUAAACUCAGAUUUAGUAAAUGUUUAUGUUGUAGCUUAGACCCUAUUUUACAUCAUCAGAGGGGUUUGUGUUGUGCCCACCGUCGGUUGAGACUUUGCUGAUAAAUGUACUUAAAUGUGAAUACAUUUGGCCAGGGGCGGUGUGUUCAUUAGGGCGAUAUGGGCGACGCACUGCCAAACGGGAAAAGGAAGGGAUUUUUUUUCUAAUCAAUUAUAUCACGGCAACAGUAGUUAUCAGUGUUCUAAUCUAGACGUCUGAUCUGCCACUAAAUGUCCAAUCAGGCUAAAGUCGUGCUUCAAAUGGCCCCGCCCCUUUUGGGGCGAUUUCAGUCAGGUUGAAAAUCGCCCCAGAAGUAUCUCAUAGACUCUCAUGUAAAAUCUUUUUUUUUCAAAUAUCAGAGCUUUCAAUACAAUCUCUAUGGGUUUCUGAGGGCUUGCACUUACGCGCUUUCGUCAUACGUAACAUAACCAUGAACGUAACUAAGAAAAGAGCGGGUAGCAGCGUCAAUCAAUUCACGUACUACUAUCAAGAUGGCUAGCGUUCAGUGCAACUCGAUUGUCUCUUUGAAAGAAGUUCACAUCAAAGACCAUUCAAAACGAGCUACUGGAGUGUAUGCUAGCGGUCAUGAGGGAACAUAUUGUGGAGGAGGUGAAGUCGGCGAACUUCGUAGCUAUCCAAGCUGACGAGACCACGGACGUUUCUACACAGACACAGCUGGUGCUUGUGCUGAGGUACAUAGAUAGCAACCACAAAGUGCAGGAGCUCUUUUUUGAGUUCCUUCCCAUCUCGGAAUCAACCUCAGUCUCAAUCGCCAGUGUGCUUUUGGAGAGACUGAACGGUCUUUUUGCCGACGACGAGAAAGUCAAACUGUGGUGCACUGGCACUGUACCAGGUUCUCAUGAGCUACAACCUCCAGGAGACGUUCUCUGAGACUGUGACUCUGUUGAACAUCCUCAUAACUACUCCAAUGACAACAGCUGAAGCUGAGAGAUGUUUCUCAACUUUGACACGAGUUAAGACAUUCCUGCGAAAUUCAAUGGGCCAGGAACGUCUGAAUGCACUGGCCAUGCUUUCCAUGGAGAGGGAACUAGUCCUCAGCAUGCCUGAUUUCAAUGAGAAAGUCAUUGACCGCUUUGCUGCAUUGAAAGAGAGAAGAGAACAGUUUCAGUACAAGUAAUGUAGCCUCUUUCUCUCUUUGUCCCUCCCUGUCUGUCUCUUUAACACACACACGCCCAAAUCAGUUCACAGUUGAUGUUGUUUAAAAUAGUUAUUUUUCAUUUUAAAAAAAGUACAAAAAAUAAAAUAAUCUGUUCAUGUUCAUUUUUACAAAUCUAUACAAUUGGCCAGAAUAUGGUUGUUCAUAUUUACAAAUCUAUACAAUUGGCCAGAAUAUGGUUGUUCAUUUUUACAAAGCCAUACAGAUAGCUGUGUUUACCUUUUCUAUAAAUUAUUUUCAAAUUCUGUUUUCAGGCAAAAUGUCUAUCACUGUUCAUUUUCACAAAUAUAUACAAGAGGGCAGAAUAUGGAAGUCUAUAAAAAUUUCUUAUUACCAAUAACUUGCAUCAAUGUUUUCAGUAGCCUCUAUCAAAAGCUCCUGCUUGCUUGUUGUGAAUUAUGCUCAGGUGCACAUAUUUCCAAUUCAACCAUGAGGCAAAAAAUGUGGUAAAAGCUCUUGUUGAUCCUGCAAUCUGAACAAAUACCAAGAUGCUGUAUUUUCAGCUGAUAUUUCAUUUGUUUAUGGAAAUGCAUAUUGUUUAUGCAGUGUUGAGGAAUGUGAAAGAACACCCUUGAUUAUUUUUACUGUGAUAACUUAUUUUGCUUUUGUAAGCCAACACUUUUGAGAUCAGUCAAUAAAUGCUUCUGGCAUUGACUUAUAUGCUGCCCCUGUCUUCAUGUUGUUGCUGGACAUAUCUUUUUUUAAAUGUGUGUAGGUCACCUAAAUCAUCAGAAAAAUUGCCCCCCCUGAGAAUUUUUUCAGGAGCCGCCACUGCAUUUGGCUGCCGCCGAACCACGUACAUUUGUUUUGACCUCUGCUGCUAAAAAAUAAGACGUUAAAACUUAAGUAAUAUUUCAGUGAGUGUGGGUUUUUCCUUUCCUCCAACUUUCAAAUGAUACCACAAAGAUGGUUGAAGGUUCACACAUCAGAGAAUGUUGACUUGAGUGGGAAUAUCCAUUGUUUUAAAUUCAACUGUCAACCUUCUCUAGGAAACCUUUUGAAGUCAUAGAAAUGUAGAUAAUAGAAUAUACAUUCCCAUUCAAAUUGACAUUCGACCGGCAGCUAACAUUUUAGUUGUAAUUGGAAAUAAAAAAUGUCAAUUCAAUUUCUAUGAUUGAAAUGACACCCACCCUGUAUUCAAGAGUAUGCUGUGUUUUAACAGAUGGCUGGCACAACACAAACACCUCAUAUGUGAAAAUGAGACCAAUCUUAGUUAACAAAUGUUUUAAUAAUUGGCGUAAAAUAUAUAUAUAAUAAAAAAUUAUAAAAUAGUUUGACAACCCUGUUUGUAAGCUCUCAAAUGAUAUCAAACUCAACCGUUUAUAUUUUUCAAUGAUGAAGACAUGGAUGUCUAAUAGCAGGGUUGGGUAUGCAAAAUGGGUCAACUUUGAGCACCCCUCCUCCACAGGCAUAUCCCGACCCAGGACUGACAGUGCCCCGCCCACACCGGUCAACAGGCUAAGCAUGUCCCCGUCCUCCUCCAACAACACCACACAGCCGCAAGCAGCGUCACACUGUGAUCACCAAGACUGCCAGCAAGAGUUCAACCGUAAGUCACCCAUGUAGCCUACAAUUCUGGUGCUUACUGUACAUCAUCCUGACCUGUACUGUACUUACAUCAUUAUCUUUACCAUUUACUGCAAAUCUGGUUUCAAACACUUUUAGUGUUUAAAGCCUGCCCGGACUGCCAGAUGGGGCGAGGUUUGCAUUUUUUGGGGACUACUCUAUUGGUUCAACUGUGCCAGGCAAGCCUUAUCCAGCGGCGCUAAAGCAUUUGAAAGAACAACAGUAAAAUAAAUGAUCUUGAGACCCUGGAUUUAAAUACAUGUGUUCUAUUUAGGCAAUUAAAUUACCCGAUUCUGAGCUUUGCUAAAAAACUUUACCUAUCUCUCCCCUCCCCUCCACUACAGGGCAGCGUGGCCCAGGUGGCAAAAGUGUCCGCGUCCCAGCAGCCGACGUCUUCCCCCACCCUGCUUGCCAGCCCCAACCAGAGCAGCUGGGAGACGCGACCGCUGCCCGCCCCCGCCAGGCCCAAAGUCAACAGCAUCCUCAACCUCUUCGGCCAGUGGCUGUUUGACUCGGCGCUGGUGCACUGCAAGCUCCACAGCGGUCUCAGCCGAGACCCCAGCAUGACUGGUAAGCUUACUGCACCCGCUGCCGUCUGACUGACUGAAUGGACAAGCUUCUACUCCAUUUGUGUGUGUGUGGGGGGGUUGGAUUGGAUGGGGGGAUUGCAUGUUUGUGUUGGGUUUAGGGUUGGACGUGUGUGUGUUUUGGGUGGAGCGGGCUGGGGUCAGAAAACUGGGUUAUUAUUUUUUGUCUCUCCUCUCUUUAACUACUUUGCACAUCUGCUCAAGCACUUCGUGGAGACCACACUGACUUCAAAAAUAUAUCAGUUACUGUAGGCUAGUUGACAUUCAACUCCACAGAACAGUGUAGAAUGGAGAUUUAAAUCUUGACACACGCCUCCAGCCUUACUGUAGUUGUCACAAGAUUGAAUUUAUCGAGUCAGAACACACACUUCUGCAUGUCUCAGUGUAGUUCCAUCUAGUCUUGUGCCUUAUGAGUGUAGGAGUUGACAGCACUAUUUGAGGUUUGAAUAUCAAUCCUGCUCCUGGAAAGCCACAAGCUCAGCAGUGAAACGCCUGAUUCUGUUAAUCAAGGGCUUGAAGAUCAGUUGAUUCAGGGUUGUAUUCAUUAGGGCACACCGUAGCAAAAUGUUUUGCAACAGAAAACAAAAAUGGGUGUUUCUCAUUGGACUCAGCUGAGUCCCUCCCUGUUUCAGUCCGUUUUCUUCCGUUUGGUGCCAAAUAAAUACGACCUAGACGUGAUGGACCUUAGCUGGGAGAAAGACGUGAAAUAAUGUGGUUCUUCAAGAGCAGAAUUAAGGAAGGUAGAAAAGGGAGGAUCAAGGACCAUGAUGUCCAGGACUGUCUCAUUUCUCUUCACGUGUUGGUGUGUCUGUCCUGCAUGCCAACUCUCUUGUCUACCAUGUCGGAUGUUUCAACAGUUUCAGAGUGAAAGGUCAUCCAUUUGAGGAGUAAAAAACACACAAUUCAUGCAUUAAGAAUUAAUUGAGAAAAUAUCGAUAUGCUUUGAUUUGUCUCCACUAGUUUUGGUAUCUUGCAGCCUCUAUCCAAAUUCUCCUUUCUUAUAUAUCUUGAAAGUAGUAGCUGCAGAUUUUCUCUCGCAGUCAGUACUUUGAAACCAUCUUUGGUUUAAUCAUCAUCGCCCAUCAUCAUUACGUUUUACCCCCCACCACCGUCAUUUGAGCAUUGCGCCAAUGUUCUGCGAGUUGGAAAUGGAAUGGGAGCACACAGCCUCGCCAAUGUCCCGACAUUGCGUUGCCAGUUUGUGACCACGCCACCAUAUUCCAGUGACUUUUUAUUUAUAGUGCCACUAACCCUUUUUGGUUUGCCCUGAAUUCAGCGCAUUGUUCUCUUAUGCUUUCUCCCUGUGUUUUCAGGUCACUUAUGACUUUCAGUUGACUUUUGGUUUGGUGCCUCAAUGCAUGAAGUGAAUGUCUGUACUUUGAGUGACGUCGUCAUGAUGCUAGUACAAGGGUGAUGAGCUGACACAGCGAUUUUGCGUCGAUGCCUUCUUGCAACUUGUGUUGGGACCUUGCGAUCAUAUGACCUUGCGAUCAUAAUUAGUUUUUUGUUAUUAGGAUUUUUGAACUGGUCCGCGGGCCUACAAAAGGGGGUCCACCAGUUGCCCAUCCCUGACUUAGCCCAUGAUAAAGACAACACUCUUUAUGGCAAACUGUGUCAGAAGUGCCUUUUUGUGUGCCUGCUUAUUAAUGUUUGUGUGUGUGUUUGCAGCCUAUUAGGUCUGUGGUUGUGUCCUUGUCUUAUUUUGUGUGCUUAGUGUGUUAGUUUGUGUGUGUACAGUAUUUGCAGUGCAUUAUUAAAGUAUUCAGACCCCUUUUUCCACAUUUUAUUUUACAGCCUUAUUCUAAAAUAAACAAUUUCUUAUCAAUCUGCACACCCCAUUAUGACAAAGCGAAAACAGGUUUUUAGAAAUUCUUGCAAAUUUAUAUUUAAAAAAAAGAUACCUUAUUUACAUAGAUAUUCAGACCCUUUGCUAUGAGACUCGAAAUUGAGCUCAGGUGCAUCCUGUUUCCAUUGAUCAUCCUUGAGAUGUUUCUACAACUUGAUUGGAGUCCACUUGUGGUAAAUUCAAUUGAUUGGACAUGAUUUGGAAAGGCACACACCUGUCUAUAUAAGGUCCCACAGUUGACAGUGCAUGUCAGAGCAAAAACCAAGCCAUGAGGUCGAAGGAAUUGUCCGUAGAGCUCCGAGACAGGGUUGUGUCGAGGCACAGAUCUGGGGAAGGGUACCACAUUUUUUUUGCAGAAUUGAAGGUCCCCAAGAACACAGUGGCCUCCAUCAUUCUUAAAUGGAAGAAGUUUGGAACCACCAAGACUUCCUAGAGCUGGAUGUUUUUCAGCGGCAGGGACUGGGAGACUAGUCAGGAUCGAGGGAAAGAUGAACGGAGCAAAGAACAGAGAUAUCCUUGAUGAAAGCUCCAGAGCGCUGAGGACCUCAGACUGGGGCAAAGGUUCACCUUCCAACAGGACAACGACCCUAAGCACACAGCCAAGACAACGCAGGAGUGGCUUUGAGACAAGUCUCUGAAUGUCCUUGAGUGGCCCAGCCAGAGCCCGGACUUGAACCCGAUCGAACAUCUCUGGAGAGACCUGAAAAUAGCUGUGCAGCGACGCUCCCCAUCCAACCUGACAGAGCUUGAGAGGAUCCGCAGAGAAGAAUGGGAGAAAAUCCCCAAAUACAACUGUGCCAACCUUGUAGUGUCAUACCCAAGAAGACUCGAAGCUGUAAUCGCUGCCAAAGGUGCUUCAACAAAGUACUGAGUAAAGGGUCUGAAUACUUAUGUAAAUAAAAUAUAUAUAUAUAUUUUUUUAUACAUUUGCAAACAUUUCUGAACCUGUUUUUGAUUUGCCAUUAUGGGGUAUUGUGUGUAGUCUGAUGAAGAAAAAAAACAAUUUAAUCCAUUUUAGAAUAAGGCUGUAACGUAACAAAAUGUGGAAAAGGUCAAGGGGUCUGAACACUUUCCAAAUGCACUGUACCUCAGUUCGAAUACUUGUUGUGUGUGUCUGGUUACGUUUUAUCCGUGUGUGUAUUUUAGGACUAUAUCUGUUUCUAUUUGUGUGUGUUAAUGCAUGCAUGUGUGAGGAUGGCUGUCUGUCCCAUUCUGGGGUCCUUUCACUCCUGUGUCUCCUCACAGCCGUAGGCACUCAGGUGGGUCUGGAGCUGAGGAAGGGCUCCCAGAUGUCUGCUGACUCCAUGGUGUCCAACCCCAUGUUCGUCGCUAACGAGUUCCCAGAGAGCUACAAGCCAGGCCGUGCCGAGGCCUGCGGCACCCUCUGCCGCAUCUUCUGUAGCAAGAAGACCGGAGAGGACAUUCUCCCUGUCUACCUGUCCAGGUAAAACGGCAGUCUCAAUGCUAACAGGCUACCAUGCUAAUGCUAAGAUAUGCUACAUUAGCUUGCUAAUGUGGUAAUAUGCUAAUGAUUCAUGUUGGCUGUAAGGCUCUAGAACAGUGGUCACCAACCGGUCGAUCGCGGUCGACUGGUCAAUUUCCAACGCAUUCCUUGUCGAUCACCAAACAUUUCUGUAAAAAACCUUGCGUUCCUAUUUUUUUGGGGGGGGGUUCGCGCUGUUGAUGGUAGGUGCACUUGAUUCAGCUGCCCUAGCGCCGGUAAGGCAAAGUGUUCCCAUUUUUGAUCCAUUUUAUGUGUCUGAAGGUAGAACUCCGCUUACCCGGCGGGCUAAUCAAGUGCACCUAUAGGUCUACUGCUGGCCAAUCAGAUGGGUCAGAUCACCGUUUCUGCACAGUUUAUUCGGGCCAUAACUUUAAAAAUAAGCCUUGAAUGCACAGACUAGAAAGAGACUCAACGAAUAAAGCAAAGAACUGCUGUUUUUAUGAGUAAGUUAAUGUUUAAGUUGUUAUUCAGCACUGUCAAUACUUUUUUAUAAGCCAUAAAAUGUGCGUUCUCCCUACUUUCACUCACGCUACAGCACUGCAGCUGCAACAAAUGACUAUAGCAAAGUGUUCCGAUAAGCUUGCGUUGUUAUUAGCGGCUUAUCUUUUUUAAUAUUUCACUUUCUCUGGUCAUAGAAGUAGCUAAAAACCUGAAUUGGUGCAUGAGGCAGAAAUAAUGCAGUGCGACUUGAGUUUCGCCAUCAGCUGGAAGAUAGUGUCCCCUUUUCUCAGAGGAGGGAGGGAGGGAGAGAGGCAGCCUGAUCGCUGCUCCCUCCCUCCCUAUACACUGACCAUCAGAUGCAGGCCAUCAGUCCAGAAGAAAAUGACAUUUUUAUGCUCACUCAGCUGUACCUCACAAGUAAUACAAAAAAUUAUCUGACUCAGAAAAGGGUGGUGACUCUUGCUGUAGUAGUACUCUAUGUAGGCAUACAUGUGGUCGGUAGUUUAGCCUAGGGCUAGCUGCGGCUUUAGCCAUUUGGGUUAGCCUCAAAUUAUUAGCUAUAAGCUAUUUGUGUUUGUCUUGAAACCUCAAUGAAUGUUUUGACCCUCUGCAAAUUGAAGCUGAACCUCGGCAAGACGGAGCUGCUCUUCCUCCCGGGGAAAGACUGCCCGCUCCAUGAUCUCGCCAUCACGGUUGACAACUCCAUUGUGUCCUCCUCCCAGAGUGCAAAGAACCUUGGCGUGACCCUGGACAACACCCUGUCGUUCUCCGCUAACAUCAAAGGGGUGACCUGAUCCUGCAGGUUCAUGCUCUACAACAUUCGCAGAGUACGACCCUACCUUAAACAGAAAGCGGCACAGGUCCUAAUCCAGGCACUUGUCAUCUCCCAUCUGGAUUACUGCAACUCGCUGUUGGCUGGGCUCCCUGCCUGUGCCAUUAAACCCCUACAACUCAUCCAGAAUGCCGCAGCCCGUCUGGUGUUCAACCUUCCCAAGUUCUCUCAUGUCACCCCGCUCCUCCGCACACUCCACUUGCUUCCAGUUGAGGCUCGCAUCUACUACAAGACCAUGGUGCUUGCCUACAGAGCUGUGAGGGGAACGGCACCUCCUUACCUUCAGGCUCUGAUUAGACCCUACACCCAAACGAGGGCACUACGUUCAUCCACCUCUGGCCUGCUAGCCCCCCUACCUCUACGGAAGCACAGUUCCCGCUCAGCCCAGUCAAAGCUAUUCGCUGCUCUGACACCCCAAUGGUGGAACAAGCUCCCCCACGACGCCAGGACAGCGGAGUCACUGACCACCUUCCGGAGACACUUGAAACCCUACCUCUUUAAUGAAUACCUGAAUAGUAUAAACGUAAUCCCUCCCCCACCCCAAAAAACUGGUUGUCCCACUGGCUAUCAUAAGUUGAAUGCACCAAUUUGAAAGUCGCUCUGGAUAAGAGCAUCUGCUAAAUGACGUAAAUGUAAAUGUUCCCAUUUUGGUCUGAAGAAACGUAUGUCUUUCCCCCCGCAGGUUCUACAUGGUUCUGCUUCAGGGCCUCCAGAUCUCGGACUUCAUCUGCAGGCCUGUGCUGGCUAGCAUCAUCCUCAACUCCUCCUCUCUGUUCUGCUCUGACCUGAAGGGCGUCAACGUGGUGGUCCCCUACUUCAUAUCCGCUCUGGAGACAAUUUUGCCUGACAGGUAACAAAAGAGAUAUUACACACGACCAAACAUGAACAAGGCUAGAUGUUUAAAAACGAUAAUAUUGGAAAAAGACCCAAUAGUAUAUUUAGCUGUUAAAUGAAUGUACAAUAACCAGAUCAUUCUGGUGCUUUACUGUGACCAUAUGAAUGCAGGUGAAGUUGCCCAGGGGCUGAUCAUAUCUGUAAUGUUAACUAAUGCCAUUGACAGGAAAUACUUGAGCAUCAACUGAACAUAGAAAUAGAAGUCUGGGAAUCUGAUCUAGAAAUUCUAAUUCUAUGGUCCAACCUCCUCCAGGGAACUGUCUAAAUUCAAGCUGUAUGUGAAUCCCACGGACCUGAGGAGGGCUUCAAUCCACAUCCUACUGGCCAUGCUGCCUCUCCCACACCACUUUGGCAACGUCAAGUCCGAGGUAGGAAAUGUUGCAUUAGCCUAGCUUUGGCUGAUUUGACUACAAUACAACAUGAUGUACAGUGGGGGAAAAAAGUAUUUAGCCAGCCACCAAUUGUGCAAGUUCUCCCACUUAAAAAGAUGAGAGAGGCCUGUAAUUUUCAUCAUAGGUACGCGUCAACUAUGACCGACAAAACGAGAAAAAAGAUUCCAGAAAAUCACAUUAUAGGAUUUUUAAUGAAUUUAUUUGCAAAUUAUGGUGGAAAAUAAGUAUUUGGUCAAUAACAAAAGUUUCUCAAUACUUUGUUAUAUACCCUUUGUUGGCAAUGACACAGGUCAAACGUUUUCUGUAAGUCUUCACAAGGUUUACACACACUGUUGCUGGUAUUUUGGCCCAUUCCUCCAUGCAGAUCUCCUCUAGAGCAGUGAUGUUUUGGGGCUGUCGCUGGGCAACACGGACUUUCAACUCCCUCCAAAGAUUUUCUAUGGGGUUGAGAUCUAGAGACUGGCCAGGCCACUCCAGGACCUUGAAAUGCUUCUUACGAAGCCACUCCUUCGUUGCCCGGGCAGUGUGUUUGGGAUCAUUGUCAUGCUGAAAGACCCAGCCACGUUUCAUCUUCAAUGCCCUUGCUGAUGGAAGGAGGUUUUCACUCAAAAUCUCACGAUACAUGGCCCCAUUCAUUCUUUCCAUUACACGGAUCAGUCGUCCUGGUCCCUUUGCAGAAAAACAGCCCCAAAGCAUGAUGUUUCCACCCCCAUGCUUCACAGUAGGUAUAGUGUUCUUUGGAUGCAACUCAGCAUUCUUUGUCCUCCAAACACGACGAGUUGAGUUUUUACCAAAAAGUUCUAUUUUGGUUUCAUCUGAUCAUAUGACAUUCUCCCAAUCCUCUUCUGGAUCAUCCAAAUGCACUCUAGCAAACUUCAGACGGGCCUGGACAUGUACUGGCUUAAGCAGGGGGACACGUCUUGCACUGCAGGAUUUGAGUCCCUGGCGGCGUAGUGUGUUACUUUGGUCCCAGCUCUCUGCAGGUCAUUCACUAGGUCCCCCCGUGUGGUUCUGGGAUUUUUGCUCACCGUUCUUGUGAUCAUUUUGACCCCACGGGGUGAGAUCUUGCGUGGAGCCCCAGAUCGAGGGAGAUUAUCAGUGGUCUUGUAUGUCUUCCAUUUCCUAAUAAUUGCUCCCACAGUUGAUUUCUUCAAACCAAGCUGCUUACCUAUUGCAGAUUCAGUCUUCCCAGCCUGGUGCAGGUCUACAAUUUUGUUUCUGGUGUCCUUUGACAGCUCUUUGGUCUUGGCCAUAGUGGAGUUUGGAGUGUGACUGUUUGAGGUUGUGAACAGGUGUCUUUUAUACUGAUAACAAGUUCAAACAGGUGCCAUUAAAACAGGUAACGAGUGGAGGACAGAGGAGCCUCUUAAAGAAGAAGUUACAUGUCUGUGAGAGCCAGAAAUCUUGCUUGUUUGUAGGUGACCAAAUACUUAUUUUCCACCAUAAUUUGCAAAUAAAUUCAUAAAAAAUCCUACAAUGUGAUUUUCUGGAUUUUUUUUUUCUCAAUUUGUUUGUAAUAGUUGACCUGUACCUAUGAUGAAAAUUACAGGCCUCUCUCAUCUUUUUAAGCGGGAGAACUUGCACAAUUGGUGGCUGACUAAAUACUUUUUUUCCCCACUGUAUGCUGACGCCUUUAGGUUCACACUGGUAAAUAUAGCUUGUUUGUUCUAACUUGCAGCCUUGUUCUCCCUGUCCUCCUCUAUCUAUGGUGGUGGUGUUUGGUGGUGGUGUUUCGGGGUUUACAUCCUUAAACCAGCAUCCACCUGGUCACCCAGAGGCUCAACUCCCAGUGGAGGUCUGAAAUGAGCAUCUCACUGGCUGCCCUGGAGCUACUGGCUGGCCUGGCCAAGGUGAAGGCGUGUGUGGACUCUGCGGACAGUAAGCGUGCGGUCAGCUCAGUGUGCGGUUACAUCGUGUACCAGUGUAGCCGGCCGGCCCCCCCUCCACUCCCGAGACCUCCACUCAAUGAUUGUGGCAGCCUUCCAGUGCCUGUGUGUGUGGCUGACGGAGCACCCUGACAUGCUGAAUGAGAAGGUAGGUAGACAGCAUCCCAAACUAGAUAGCGCUGUGAUCAAUGUGGCGUGUGUUCUUUGAGUUUGAGUUGAUUGAUUAUUGCUCACAGAUAAAACUGAAGAAAUGCAGAAUUUACAUCAUAAAAAAAUUAAAAACACUCACGUAAAAUACAUAAUACAUGACAGAAAUAUAAUACAGGACACUUAAAACAUUACAGGAAAUGUUUUCAUGAUGGAAACUGAAAUGUUAGUGUGUUUGUUAAAAGUAACAUUUUUGGAAAACUGUUAAGAGCUACAGUCCUUAAUAGUGAAGACAUCAAAAUUAUGAAAUGACACACAUGGAAUCAUGUAGUAACCAAAAAAGUGUUCAACAAAUCAAAAUAUAUUUUAUAUUUGAGAUUCUUCAAAUAGCCACCCUUUUCCUUGAUGACAAAAUGCAGGUGUUUCAGCCUAGUUGGAAAUUAUCGCAAAUUCAACAAUGAUUGGUUUGGAAGGAAUCAGUGGCAACCUGCAAGUGUUGCAAAGCAAUCAAUAGCUUGCUAUUCAGUGGAGUGGGUGUGUGGUCCAAGUCUGGGUUUAAGGGUCUCUUUUCUAAGCUUAAAAGGAUAAAUAUUCACACACCAUGGGCCAGAAAAGGUUGAAUACAUUGGCCAUGCUGUCAAUCCAGCAUGACUUCUGCCGCGUUCAAAACAACUGGAAACUUGGAACUGGGAAAUCUCAGACUUCAGUGAGUUCAAGACAACUGGGAACUCAGACAAAAACAAGCUCCGACUGGAAAAAUACGUUUUAAACGGUUAUCAAACUCGGAAUUCCAAGUCUCUUUCUGGAGCUCCGACCUGAAGAUCACUGACGUCAUGAUUCAACCUUGUUUUUUUCUGAGUUUCCAGUUGUCUUGAAAGCACCAUAAAUCAAGAGAAUGCCAGACUUUGAUGACAAAAUUUGCCCACGACGGACCGCCGCGCCACCUUCCUGUUCAAGUGAGCACAGCACAACAAGGUGAGUCCAAAAAUGUAUUGUAUGCUGCUGCAUAAAUGAUGUAAUAUGCCAGGGAGAUAUGUAUACUGUAGCUAAGAAAGUAAUACUAAGUGGAUGUUGUGUAGUAAGCUGUUAGUAGCCCAUGUGCCUCACCCAAAUAAUUUAGUCCCUUUCUCUUAUACGCUCGUCGUCCCCUUAUGCCAUAGUUUGUACAUCUCAAUUGUCAAUAGAAACCACAUUUGUUUAAGCAAGUCAGCCAUAUCAGCAAUGUUUUUAAAAAGGCGGUAAAUGAGGCUGAAUGAACUCUUUCGCUGCCAGAGAAGGCUCCACUGAUAGCCAGGUGUAGCGGUGGUAAGGAUUCACUCCAUGGUGCUGAAAAGAAAGCUCUGCUGUUGGGACAGCUUUAUGUAGGGCCCUAACAGUUUGUGGGCACCAUUUGUCACUGUUAUAGUGCGAUGAAUGUGUUGUUUAGUGUUAUGUUGUUUAGUGGCUUUGCUGGCAUACAAUUUUUAUGUUUUGUUUGCCCCACCAAGAUUUACAUGCUAAAAUCGCCACUGACGGGCAGUGAUACAGGAUAGUUCGUGGCUGUUUCUCAGGAACCUGGUUCUGUUUCAUAAGACUAAAUAAGUCUGUGUUUGGUUUGUCGAGGAAGACUAAAUGUGCUCUUUCUUUAGUAUUGACGAUGUCUAACAAUGUUUGAUGAGAAAAACCAUGCAUGACCAAAGUUUGUUUAUUAGGAAUGUAUAUGGCUGAUGUGUUUGAGUGUCAACCAGUGAGGUCCAAAAGUAUUUGGACAGUGACACAUUUUUUGAGGCACAAAGAUCAUACCCCCAAGACAUGCCAACUACUUACCAUUACCAACAACAGGGGAGGUUAGCGUUUCUCUUUUGCACUCUUCAUGAUUCAUUCAUGAUUAUCAGUAAAUAUGGUAGAAUCCAUGUUAAUGUAGAAGUGUUUAGAAACAUUCUAUUCUUAUUUAUAAUAAAAGUGACUCCAAAAUGACGCACUACAUUAUUUACCAUUCAUUUCUAUUGGGCUCAAAAUAAUCUUAAAAACACAACCAAAACAAACUGCAAAUGCAUCCAACACGUUUCUAGAGUUACAAGCUUGAAGUAGUCAUUGCGUGCUAGGAAUAUGGGACCAAAUACUAAAGUUUUGACUCCUUUAAUACACAUAAAUGAAUUUGUCCAAAUACUUUUUUUUCCCUAAAAUGGGGAGGGGAGGAGGGAGGAGUAUGUACAAAAAGUGCUGUAAUUUCUAAACGGUUCACCCGAUAUGGAUGAAAAUACUCUAAAAUUGAAGCUGACAGUCUGCACUUUAACCUCAUAGUCAUUGUAUAAUUUCAAAUCCAGAGUGCUGAAAUACAGAGCCAAAACAACAAAACAUUUCAAUGUCCAAAUACCUUUGGACCUCACUGUAUUUGUUUAUUAACCAUUUUAUGAGCGAUGUGUUUGUUUGUAGGACCAUGUCUGACCAUGUUGGUCAAGUAGGACCAUUUAUGACCAUUUAUGUGGUCUUCUGUAGCUCAAUUGGUAGAGCAUGGCGCUUGUAACGCCAGGGUAGUGGGUUCGAUCCCCGGGACCACCCAUACGUAAAAAUGUAUGCACACAUGACUGUAAGUCGCUUUGGAUAAGGCAUAUUAUUAUUAUUAUUAAUAUAUUAUUAUGACCAUGUUUGGUAUUGACCACAUGUCUGCCUGUGUGGAGUGUUUCCUGUAUUUGACCUGUCUCUCUCUGUCAGGACUGUCUGGUGGAGGUGUUGGAGAUCGUAGAGCUCGGUAUCUCAGGCAGCAAGUCUAAACAAGAGCAGGAGGUGAGGCACAAGGGCGAGAAGGAGCACAACCCGGCCUCCAUGAGGGUUAAGGAUGCAGCCGAGGCCACCCUCUCCUGGUGAGAUUCUAAACCCAGCAAAGUGCACUAAACACCUGGGUUGUGUUCAUUAGGCAUCAAAAUGAAGGAAAAUUGUUGAUACAAGGUGGAUCUACCCAGACUUGUCUGUUAAGAAAUCGAUUUUUGUUUUCUGUUUCAAAACGUUUUGCUACGGUUUGCCUUGAUGAACAUGACCCUUGUAUUUUUGCCCAAAAUUGCACAUGGUCCAAUAAUACCUAACUAAAUAAAUACUGUUUAUUGCUCCCGUCUGGGUAUCAGUCUAGCCACUUUGAACCAACCUCCCCUCUCUCUCUUGUUGUUUGUUGUUUUUGUUGUUGUCCAGUAUCAUGCAGGUCCUGGGGGCAUUCCCCUCCCCCAGUGGCCCAGCCUCCACCUGCAGCCUGCUGAACGAGGAUACUCUGAUCCGCUACGCCCGCCUCAGCGCCACAGGACCCAGCAACUUCCGCUACUUUGUCCUGGACAACUCCGUCAUCCUGUCCAUGCUGGAGCAACCGUUGGGCAAUGAGCAGAGUGAGUGGGACUGAGCAGAACUGACAAAACCAGACCUCCCUUUUUAAAAAGAUCUGGGCUUUCACUUUAUUUGGAUAAACUGCAAGUACAAUACAUUCCUCUUAUAGUGAUCACAUCCGUGCAGGACAAUUUAGUCACUAUAAGCAGUUGCAUACUACAGUGGGGAAAAAUGUAUUUAGCCAGCCACCAAUUGUGCAAGUUCUCCCACUUAAAAAGAUGAGAGGCCUGUAAUUUUCAUCAUAGGUACACGUCAACUAUGACAGACAAAAUGAGGAAAAAAAAUCCUGAAAAUCACAUUGUAGGAUGUUUUAUGAAUUUAUUUGCAAAUUAUGGUGGAAAAUAAGUAUUUGGUCAAUAACAAAAGUUUCUCAAUACUUUGUUAUAUACCCUUUGUUGGCAAUGACACAGGUCAAACGUUUUCUGUAAGUCUUCACAAGGUUUUCACACACUGUUGCUGGUAUUUUGGCCCAUUCCUCCAUGCAGAUCUCCUCUAGAGCAGUGAUGUUUUGGGGCUGUCGCUGGGCAACACGGACUUUCAAAUCCCUCCAAAGAUCUGGAGACUGGCUAGGCCACUCCAGGACCUUGAAAAAAUUACACGGAUCAGUCGUCCUGGUCCCUUUGCAGAAAAACAGCCCCAAAGCAUGAUGUUUCCACCCCCAUGCUUCACAGUAGGUAUGGUGUUCUUUGGAUGCAACUCAGCAUUCUUUGUCCUCCAAACACGACGAGUUGAGUUUUUACUAAAAAGUUAUAUUUUGGUUUCAUCUGACCAUAUGACAUUCUCCCAAUCCUCUUCUGGAUCAUCCUAAUGCACUCUAGCAAACUUCAGACGGGCCUGGACAUGUACUGGCUUAAGCAGGGGGACACGUCUGGCACUGCAGGAUUUGAGUGCCUGGCGGCGUAGUGUGUUACUCAUGGUAGGCUUUGUUACUUUGGUCCCAGCUCUCUGCAGGUCAUUCACUAGGUCCCCCCGUGUGGUUCUGGGAUUUUUGCUCACUGUUCUUGUGAUCAUUUUGACCCCACGGGGUGAGAUCUUGCGUGGAGCCCCAGAUCGAGGGAGAUUAUCAGUUGUCUGGUAUGUCUUCCAUUUCCUAAUAAUUGCUCCCACAGUUGAUUUAUUCAAACCAAGCUGCUUACCUAUUGCAGAUUCAGUCUUCCCAGCCUGGUGCAGGUCUACAGUUUUGUUUCUGGUGUCCUUUGACAGCUCUUUGGUCUUGGCCAUAGUGGAGUUUGGAGUGUGACUGUUUGAGGUUGUGGACAGGUGUCUUUUAUACUGAUAACAAGUUCAAACAGGUGCCAUUAAUACAGGUAACGAGUGGAGGACAGAGGAGCCUCUUAAAUAAGUUGUUACAGGUCUGUGAGAGCCAGAAAUCUUGCUUGUUUGUAGGUGACCAAAUACUUAUUUUCCACCAUAAUUUGCAAAUAAAUUCAUUAAAAAUCCUACAAUGUGAUCUUCUGGAUUUAUUUUCCUCCAUUUGUCUGUCAUAGUUGACGUGUACCUAUGAUGAAAAUUACAGGCCUCUCUCAUCUUUUUAAGUGGGAGAACUUGCACAAUUGGUGGCUGACUAAAUACUUUUCCCCCCCACUGUAUAACCACAUUCACUAUAAGCGUAGUGCACUGUAUUGCUUUUGACAUGUAACAACUAGGUUUAUUAACUAUUUUCAGUUGUAUAAGUAGUUGCAUGUUGCUGUUGUUUUUGUCGUAUCGUCGUAUCUGUUGGUUGAUGCUUGUGUUACUUUGUACUCAAAAUCAAGCUUUGUUUUGCUAAGUUUCUCAAUCAUGACACUCACCUGGCACAAUGAACAGCUAAAUAAAACAGAUACAUAAAUGCAAAUAGGAUAGUGGCUUAUGAAAGUGAGUAGGCAUCUCAAUGGCAGGAGGCAAGUCAGGCACCCAUUUUGCCUCAAACCAGCAGACGGUUUCCACUUUCACUGGCAACCCUGAUGUAACUGCUUCUCCACUGUCUGCAGACCCCAGCCCGUCAGUGACUGUCCUAAUCCGGGGCAUGGCUGGCCGACACGCCUGGACCAUGCAGCUCUUCCACCAGCCCAGAGAAGCACGGGCCAACCAGAGGGUGAGACCAGUUAGUUGGCCCACUGGUCCGCCUUGGUCUGUCUGUGAGGCAGACAGAGUAUUUACUCUUAUACCCUUUCACACUACCUUAAUGACCCGAACUGUACUGUUCUGGCUCUGAUAUUGUCAUAGUACAGUUUGGCUUGGCUUUGCUUAGCUCAGUAGUGUGGAAAGGGUAUGAGAGUUUUGCUUCCACACAAAAGGAUUAGAGGUAUGAGAGUUUUGCUUCCACACAAAAUGAUUAGGGGUAUGAGAGUUUUGCUUCCACACAAAAGGAUUAGGGGGUGCUUGUAAAGGGGUGCUUGCCCUAUUACCAAUAGUAAAAUGGUAGAAAUGAAAUGGCUAGCGUACUACGCUAACAAGCGAUUAUUUGCAUAUUGAAAUGUUUGAGGCUUUAUUUUGUGGUAGCUGUUUACACCAACUGUUAUUACUCAAAUCUCUGCUGAUUCCAUACUCUACUCUAAUAGUAAUACACAACUGUUAUACUGAGCAUGAUGUAAUAAUACACACUAAUUCAACAUCCUCGUCUCUCCUCUCCUACAGCAGGUGUUUGUCCCUGAGGGCCGCCCGGUGCCCAAGGAUGACGUGGGGAUCCGCUACACCGUCAAGCAGAGGCCCUUCCCGGAGGAGGUGGACAAGAUCCCCCUGGUCAAAGCCGACGUCAGCAUUCCAGACCUGGAUGACAUCGUCAACAAGGAGGUGUGAGCGACUAUGUUGACCCCACCAUGACCCCAAUAGACUCUUGAUUAUCCUACUCUUCUCAUAUCCUCUCUUUCAUGACCAAUGAUCUGAAAGUACCUUGAUAGGUGUUCAUCUUAUUUCUGUCACCUAUCCAGUUCUUUCUACUAUCCAUGAUCAUGAAGGAAAGAGUGCAGGGAGAGGAGGGUCAGAGUAUUUUAGCAUAUUGGAACGCAGCUCGUAUCACUGUCCAAAUUGAAUGUAAUGUAAACUUAUUCUAAAGUGAAUUACUUUUGGACAAAACCCUUGACGCAGAGUGUAAAGAGAGUAAAAUGAUAAGUGUUACCCAGGCUUAUGGAGACAGAACAGUUAUUAGGGUACAUUCUUAUUGAUGUGGAAUCAAGUGACUUCUAUGAACUUGCAGGAUGAAGUGAGUGUGCCAUGCAUAUUGAAGUAUAAUCAUCCACACGUGCGUUGUCCCAUCCUUUAGGAGACAAAGGUCAAAGGUUACCAGAUCACUUUUUUUCGGACUCCAUGGAGUAUACUCGCAUUGUUACGUUUCUCCCUCACUAUCUAACUGAGUUUUGCUUUAACCAUGCUAUUCAGAUACUGGACUUGAUUUAAUAGAGCCGUUAGACUAACAUUAGAGCCCGAAUGAUAAACCGGUUGACCAAUAUUAUCGGCCGAUUAUUAGCCUUUCACAGAAAUAUUUAUAUCGAUCUUUAUUCCACAGAUAAAGCGCUGAUAUUAGUGUAGCUCAGUUGGUAGAGCAUGGCGCUUGCAACGCCAGGGUUGUGGGUUCGAUUCCCACGGGGGGCCAGUAUCAAAAAAUGUAUGCACUCACUAACUGUUAGUCGCUCUGGAUAAGAGCGUCUGCUAAAUGACUAAAAUGUAAAUGUAAAAAAACAUAGAAUGAACAAAAACAUCUGCUCAUUUGCGGUCAUAAAAAAAAAAAAAUCAAUGGUUCCCUGAAGAGGGCGCUCUACAACCUGCUCAUUGAACAUCAUUCAUCCCUAAGUCACAACGUGAGAGAAAGUAGGCGACAGUUGUGACACAGCCUGGAAUCGAACCCGGGUCUGGAGUGCCUUAGACCGCUGCGCCACUCGGGAGGCCCACAUUGGUCUAUUCUUGAUUGCAGCUGUGAAUUUGCUGUACAGGUAUGGUUAUGGCAGUGGCAGAACUUGGUUUACUUACAUUGUUUAAGAAUAUAGUGUGGGUACGGUCGCAGGUACAUACACUAAUAAACGUGAGGUGUGUGACUGUGUGUGAGUCCUUACAGUUGCCCCCGCUCACACAUACUUUACCUUUGCCCCUCUCAGCUGGAGAUGCAGCAUGAUAGGCUGCGCAGCAUGAUGAGCAAGCAGAUGGAGUAUGAGUGUUCCCUGGAGCGCCACAGCGAGGACGUCUGGAGUUCUAAGUCCUUCCCGGACCCCCUGACCGACUGCAAGCCCCCUCUGCCCGCCAUGGAGUUUCAGACAGCCCGCCUUUUCCUCUCUCACUUCGGCUUCCUCUUUCUAGAGACACUGAAGGUUGGGAACUAUAGUUUAUGGCCAGUAGUUAUUUAUUUUUUAUAUACUAAAAAACUAGUACUCCUACAGUAUGACUUCCUUGUCUACAGGUGAAGGCUAUAGCACAAUUAUGAUUUCCCACAAUGUUGAAUGUAAUAUCCCUUUCAAACAGAGACGAAAACCCACACAUUUUUGCUUUAUGUCUGAAAGGUAUUGCCAGCGAAAAAGCCACUACUAUUUCCGCCAACCGACCUAGUCAUGAUUGCGGUAAUGUGUUUUUAAAGGUCCUGCCAACCCCUCAGUAUAAACAUCGGCUUUCAUCUUACCGUCUUUGGCACGCAUUAAAUCAUGAACAUUCUAUUGUUGUUGUCCGAUAUAAAAACGUGUCCUUUUCAUUAUGAAAAACUAUAAAGAAAAAGACGCCAGUCUGCAUGACAUCGCAGCAGCCUGGUCCAAAUAGCAACGUUACCUGCUCUUUUAUUAUAAUUUUUUGUAUCAAAAAACCCAUCUGUUUGACAUAUCCUAAACACAUUUUUUAUCUCGCAAGCCAUGCAACUAAAAGCAACUUUCUAGACAAUGUUUUAGUUUGUGGCUAGCUUUUUAGCUAGCUAUCUAGCUGGCUAGCAAGUUGAUAAUUAUCAGAACAUAUCUGAACGUUUUGAGUUUAACUGUAGCCAACUUUUUAUUCACCAUCACAGAAAAAUUGACACAUUACAAGAUAAAACGGUCACAACAACAGGGUCAACGUUGAAUGUCUCUUGCUAAGUUUAGGGUUGGGCCGAUAUAUAAUUAAUUUGAAUAUCAUGAUAUAAGUGCAAGACGAUAUAUUGUGAUAUGCAAGACUAUACUCUAUUUGAACUUUACAAAUCAAAACUUUGCAGUUUUACCAGUUAGACCGUAUCAAUAGUCGAGGCUCUGUCGUAGCCGGCCGCGACCGGGAGACCCAUGGGGCGGCGCACAAUUGGCCCAGCGUCGUCCAGGGUAGGGGAGGGAAUGGCCGGCAGGGAUAUUGGUAGAGCAUGGCGUUUGCAACGCCAGGGUUGUGGGUUCGAUUCCCACGGGGGGCCAGUAUGGAAAUAAAUAUAUAAUGUAUGCACUCACUAACUGUAAGUCGCUCUGGAUAAGAGCGUCUGCUAAAUGACUAAAAUGUAAAUAGUCUAAAUACAAUGCACUACUUCACUUUUUUUGGGAUUAAAUUGUUUUUUUCCCCUCAUCAAUCUACACAUUAUACCCCAUAAUGACAAAGCAAAAACUGGUUUUUAGAAAUGGUUGCAAAUGUAUUAAAAAUAAAAAACUGAAAUGAUAUUUACAUAAGUAUUCAGACCCUUUACUCAGUACUUUGUUGAAGCACCUUUGGCAGCGAUUACAGCCUUGAGUCUUCUUGGGUAUGACGCUACAAGCUUGGCACACCUGUAUUUGGGGAGUUUCUCCUAUUCUUCUCUACAGAUCCUCUCAAGCUCUGUCAGGUUGGAUGGGGAGCUUUGCUGCACAGCUAUUUUCAGGUCUACAGAUAUGUUAGAUCGGGUUCAAGUCUGGGCUCUGGCUGGGCCACUCAAGGACAUUCAGAGACUUGUCCCGAAAUCACUCCUGCAUUGUCUUGGCUAUGUGCUUAGGGUCGUUGUCCUGUUGGAAGGUGAACCUUCGCCCCAGUCUGAGGUCCUGAGCACUCUGGAGCAGGUUUUCAUCAAGCAUCUUUCUUUCGAUCCUGAGUAGUCUCCCAGUCCCUGCCGCUGAAAAACAUCCCCACAGCAUGAUGCUGCCACCACCAUGCUUCACCGUAGGGAUGGUAUUGGCCAGAUGAUGAGCGGUGUCUGGUUUCCUGCAGACGUGACGCUUGGAAUUCAUGCCAAAGAGUUCAAUCUUGGUUUCAUCAGACCAGAGAAUCUUGUUUCUCAUGGUCUGAGAGUCUUUAGAUGCCUUUUGGCAAACUCCAAGUGGGCUGUCAUGUGCCUUUUUACUGAGGAGUGGCUUCCAUCUGGCCACUCUAGCAUAAAGGCCUGAUUGGUGGAGUGCUGCAGAGAUGGUUGUCCUUCUGAAAGAUUCUCCCAUCUCGACAGAGGAACUCUGUAACUCUGUCAGAGUGACCAUCGGGUUCUUGGUCACCUCCCUGACCAAGGCCCUUCUCCACCGAUUGCUCAGUUUGGCCGGGCGGCCAGCUCUAGGAAGAGUCUUGGUGGUUCCAAAUGUCUUCCAUUUAAGAGUGAUGGAGACCACUGUGUUCUUGGGGACCUUCAAUGCUGCAGAAAUGUUGUGCCUCGACACAAUCCUGUCUCUGAGCUCUACGGACAAUUCCUUCGACCUCCCGAGUGGCGCAGUGGUCUAAGGCACUGUAUCGCAGUGCUAGCUGUGCCACUAGAGAUCCUGGUUCGAAUCCAGGCUCUGUCGUAGCCGGCCGCGACCGGAGACCCAUGGGGCGGCGCACAAUUCGUCCAGGGUAGGGGAGGGAAUGGCCGGCAGGGAUGUAGCUCAGUUGGUAGAGCAUGGCGUUUGCAAUGCCAGGAUUGUGGGUUCGAUUCCCACGGGGGGCCAGUAUGAAAAAAAAAAAAAUUAUGAAUGCACUCACUAACUGUAAGUCGCUCUGGAUAAGAGCGUCUGCUAAACGACUAAAAUGUAAAUGUAAAUGUUUUUGCUCUAACAUGCACUGUGCCUUUCCAAAUCAUGUCCAAUCAAUUGAAUUUACCACAGGUGGACUCCAAGUUGUAGAAACAUCUCAAGGAUGACCAAUGGAAACAGGAUGCACCUGAGCUCAAUUUCGAAUCACCUAGCAAAGGGUCUGAAUACUUAUGUAAAUAAGGUAUUUCUGUUUUUUUAAAUACAUUUGCUAAAAUUUCUAAAAACCUGUUUUCACUUUGUCAUUAUGGGUAAUUGUGUGUAGAUUGAUGAGGAUGAAAAUGAAUUUAAUCAAUUUUAGAAUAAGGCUGUAACGUAACAAAAUGUGGAAAAAGUGAAGGGGUCUGAAUACUUUCUGAAUGCUCUGUAAAUUAUAGUGAUGCUUUUGUAUAAUUUCAGCCAGUAGUUUUGAAAGUGUUGCUCACGAUCAAAACGGGUCCCUGGUUUUUUGCAACUACUUCAUCCAAUUGUGUACGGUGUCAUCCAUUUUGUAUGAUAUGUUUGUUACGUCCUAUAUUAUUAUCAUACCUUUCAUCACCCAACCCUAGCUCAGUUGCAGCUAAGCAAUGGCUAUAUAAAUGGUGAAUGCCGGCAAAAAUGUGGCUGUUUGAAAGGGGACCAUAUAAACAUUACCCAAUUGUUUUUUCAGGCAACAUUCCGCAAACCUAUGAGAAUCAGGUAUACGAUUCUCUGCCUAGCCUUCUGACAGCAGUUGCCAUCUUGCAUUCAUCUACUAUCAUGCAGACAGGCAAUAAACAUGAUCAAUUUGUGUUGUCAUUUUGGUUUUGGGGUUUGAUUGAAAAGGGGCCUCAAAUCUGUUGUACCCAGGUCUCUUUCUUAGAGUACUCUCUUCCUCAGGAACGGGGCAACAGUCGUCUACCUCCUCACCUCAUUGGACUGGAGUCCUCCAUGCCAGGGUUCUUCGAUGACAUCGCCUACUUGGACCUGUUGCCAUGCCGGCCUUUUGACACAGUCUUUGUGUUCUAUGUGAAGGCGGGACAGAAAACAAGCCACGAGGUGAGAACUUUUUUUUUUUCACAUUGAUUGGUGUUAAGCCAGUUUACACUGUGUGGUCGUCUGAAACACACGACUUAAGGAAUCGUGCUGAAUUGAAAAACAGGCACACACUACACAUUGAAUUAUUAUUUGAAUGAGCCAUGUCAGUGCCUGCACACACCAGAACCUUUGGUGUUACCAUCCCUGCUCUCACCCUUGACGUUUAUAUUAUGGUCUCACUGUGGGAUCCGUUGUGAUUGAUAGAUUGAUUGUGAUAGUAAUUGUGAUUGGUAGGCUAGAUCCUGAUACACUGUGUGAUGUGAUGCAUUGUGAUGGUUAGAUCCUGAGGAACGUGGAGGUGUCGUCCAUCGUCCAGCCCUACUUCCUGGAGUUCCUGCUGUCUCCGGGCUGGCCCGUGGACGUGGGCCGCCACCCGGGCUGGACCGGACACCUGGAUACAAGCUGGUCCCUGAACUCCUGCAGCAGCGGCAACGACACACAGCAGACAGGUGAGUCUGCUAGAAACCCAGGCUUACAAGAACUAACAUGUUACAGAAACUCAGGCUAUUUGUCUAACACACCCACCACCAGAAGAACGUGUUAGCUCGCUGAAAAAAAGGCAGUGGGAUAGCUCUGGAAGCCAAAAUGUGUCCAUAAGUCUCGGGAAAGGGUUAAAAGUGAAGAUUGAGUCCAGAUUGUCCGCUUGACACCCCCACUACCGAAGAAGGUCUUAGCUCACCGAGCUAAAGCUGGGGCACUAGCUCUAGAUGCCAAAAGAUGUCCUGAUGUGUCAGGGCAUAGCCUAGAAAUAAUGUACAUUCUUGCAAUAUCCAUACUAGUAUACCACUUAGAUUGCAUCAUACUAAGUAGUAAGAUGGUGUUGGAACAGAGCCUAUAUCUCAGAGAAGGUGAAUGGUUAAUACUUCCAUAUUUGCUCUGUCCCCACAGGGGAGGCAGCGACACCGGAGGAUACAGGUGGUUCUGUGUUCAACGGGGAAAAGAAGGUGCUGUACUACGCCGAUGCUCUGACUGAAAUCGCCUUUGUAGUUCCAUCACUGACAGACUCCUCAGGUCAGCAUUUACAAAUACUUGUAGGUUGUAUUAAACUGUUAUUUUAUUUUGUCUUAAAGGGACAUUAUUCUCCAAAAUUUAAGUUUGCCAGAUGUUUCCGGACCUCGAAAGUAGUCUGUCAAGAUGAAUCCACGUCUUAUCUUUCCCAUUCAUUAACUACUGAACAGAUGGCCUGGUACGUGGUCUUAUAAUUAUAUAUAUAAUAAUUAGGAAUUUAGCAGACGCUCUUAUCCAGAGCGACUUACAGGAGCAAUUAGGGUUAAGUGCCUUGCUCAAGGGCACAUCGACAGAUUUUUCACCUAGUCGGCUCGGGGAUUAGAACCAGCGACCUUUCGGUUACUGGCACAACGCUCUUAAUCACUAAGCUACCUGCCGCCCUUAUCUCAAUGGAUCACUUUUGACGUGUAAAACAUCUGACAAAGUGUUGAGUGUAAUGUCUCUUUAAUACAACCUAUUUGAAGACAUAGUUUUGCCUAUCCCUGGAUGGCUUAUGGCCCUUUUUUAUUUGCAGAGGAUUCCUCGGUGCACAGCGCCUCGAAAGUGGAGGCGGACACACACGCAGACGACCUGCCUAGUUUACUGAAGCAACCCAACCUAACACUGGAGCUCUUCCACAAUUACUCAGACAACCUAUCAGCUUCCCAAAGGGUAACUAACCGACAAUCCUACAUGAAGACAGUUUUGAUUCAACAAAGGGUUGUUUUGGUAUGGUCAUUUUCUCAGAUCCCUUUGAUCUCAUGGAUGAAUCAGUCCUUGUAUCCACCUCUCUGUCUAUGAAUUUUAGAGUGGUUACAUUUCUCCAACCCCAUUACUCAGCUGUUUAUCAAAAAAGGUGUCUGCGUUUGGGUUUGUUGUUGUUUGAAUCCCAGAUUGCACCUUUAAUGUUACUUAAGUUUGAAAUUCUUUGAACAUUUUAUAUAGUCAAACUUAAUUUCAAGAAUUUGUUUGAGAAAAAUAUUCAUCCUCAGGGUAUCUCUGGACACUUCUAUGCCUGGUCUAUUGACAUCUCUCUCUGAUCUCUUCUCUCCUCUUGCAGAGUCCUAUGGUGAAGACCAAGAGAUCAUCUACAGGAAAGACUGCUCCUCCCCCGGGGCCUGAAACCAAGGUGCUUGUGGUCUGGGUGGAGCGCUACGAUGACAUCGGUAAACAACCUUGGAAUAAACAGUUCCUUUAUAACACUUUCACCCUCUGACCUAGCUCUGUGUCGUUGCUGUCAUGAUUUUGCAUGAGACCACCCAUUUUUUUUUUUUUUUUACUGUUCCGUUAGCAGUACCUGCCUAACAAAAGCGAGAAACCAAAGUGAGACUGUUGAAGGUGUUUCCUUCAAAUUGCCCUGUUGUUUUUCUCUAGAACUUCCCUCUGUCUGAUCUCUUGGCGGAAACCAGCACAGGUUUGGAGGUGAACCCUAACAACAGCACUUCCUGCAGGUACUGAGGCCCACGCCCAACCAAACACUAACCCUCUGGCUCAUAGCCAGGCUGUACACACACCAAACAGGGCUGUCCGUUAUAGUGAAAGGAGUCAUGUAGAGCCAGAGAUGUCCAAGCAAGUAUUUAAACGGGAUGCCUUUCUCUUGACAGUUAUAUCCUUCUUAGUUAUUUCUAAUUAACACCUAUAAUAGGUCAUCAGUAUAGAUAUGAUCAUUUCAGCAGUAAGGAAUAUUUUUAACCAAUGUUAAAUAGGAAAGGGUUAAAAGUGAAGGAAAAAUAAAUAAAUUGGUAGGUUACCACUGUGGACAUUCAGUUAUGACACCCUAAAAUCCACUGCAACACAUAUUUGCUGUUGAAUAGAAUGCCAAUUUUCUCUUCCCCCUUCCUCUCUUCCUCCCCAGGAGGCUCCUGGAGAAGGACGUGCCCCUGAUUUUCAUCCACCCCCUGAGGACGGGUUUGUUCCGGGUCAGGCUCCACGGGGCCAUGGGCAAGUUCAGCAUGGUCAUCCCCCUGGUGGACGGCAUAGUGGUCAGUCACAGAGCACUAGGUGACCACUCUCUCUCUCGACCCCUGUCUUUCUGUAUCUAGAAGAAAUUCUACUGUCUUUCUGACUUAUAGUAAUUUAUGUUAUGCUGCAUUCUACCCAUUUGCCCUCAUGUCUCCUCUGUUGCAGUUAUCAGAUUUUCAUAUUUUUUAUCAAAGGUUUAUUUACUAAAUAAACUGAAGUCAACUGAAUGCUGACAGAUGCUGGCAGUUAACGGUUUUGCCAUCUAAAUUCUGCUCCCAUUUCACUUAAGUUUUUGGCUCAUGAUGUCAAUUUCUUCUCACUGUUUUCUCCCAGGGUUCCUGGUGCGCCAGACAGUGAUCAACGUGUGUCGGCGGAAGCGGCUGGAGAGUGAGACGUACAGCCCGCCGCAUGUACGGCGUAAGCAGAAGAUCGCUGACGUCGUGCACCGCUACCGCAACAAGCAGCUGGAGCCCGAGUUCUACACCUCGCUCUUCCAAGAGGUGGGGGAGGGGAGGCCUAUUCAUCUUUGACCCCCCCCCCCACCACCUUUUGAAAAACACUAACACACACAGAAAAACACACACACACACACAGUCACGUACAACCAGCCACGUGUACACACACACAGCCCUAGAUUCUCUAGAUUUAUACGGGUUAUAUUUUAUUAUUUAUAUCAAACACUUUGCUGCCAUUGACGUUGAGAGAAAAGUGUAAAAAGCGGUAGAUUUGGAGUACCCACACAUCUGAGCCUGUCUUUUGGUGACCAAUAAGCCCCAGUUAAGCUCUGGGCACUUGGCAUUGAAGAGUUCACUACACAUCCAGUAA